UAUAUAAAUAUAUUGUUACGUCCCUGUGAGUAAAUAAAGGAUCCUUGAAUCCGUCAAAGUAAUCCGUAUACGCAAAAAAAACUUCGUUCUUUCCCGUCGCAGCUCCAUUAUUUUGAAAGGCUCGUCGCCGGAAGUACCGCCGUGCAAAACUCCUCGUAACUUGAUGCCGGUGCCCCCGCCGUCCCCGUCGGCAGUCGGUUUCUCCACCGGAGCAACCAAACCAAAGCGCUGGAUUCAAGCGUCUGAACCCGGUUGUGUGACUCUCGGUUCCUGCAGCCUGCAGGGAUGGGCCGCGACCUGGAUGGCUGACGGACGGGAGACGAGGACCAAUCGCAUGCCACCAUGCUGGCUCGUAACCGCUUCCUCCUCCUGGUGGUGGUGGGCGGGGCCACGCUGGCCAUCAUCAGCCUGAGCCUCCAGUUCUUGAACCUGAUCCCCGUCGCCCCCGUCCUGGAGGAGCGACUCUUCCAGGCGUCGGACGGCGGCGUCGUGGCGGCGGCGGCGGCUCGGGGGAAGAGCAGGAAGAGGGUGUUCCCCCGCACCGAGGAGCCCGACCCCAUAUCGGAGGCGUACGGCUACUGCAACACGCCCAACCGCACCGAACAGGCCUGGGAGGGUCACAGUCCUGCCGACUACAAGCUGCUGUCGGUCCAGGUGAUGAUUCGCCAUGGCGACCGCUACCCGCUCUACUACAUCCCCAAGACCAAGCGGCCCGCCAUCAACUGCACCUUGUCCACCAGCAGGAAGCCCUCCCACCCGCUGCUGAACGCCUUCAUCCGUCACAUGGGCCAGGGGGACCGCGGCCACUGGGAGUCGCCGCUUGGCUCCGCCCCCCGGCUGCCCAACCACAGCGCCUGCGAGAUGGGAGAGCUCACGCAGACGGGUGUGGUGCAGCACCUGCGCAACGGGCAGCUCCUCCGCCAGGCCUACAAGCGCCACAAGCUCCUCCCCCCCGACUGGUCGCCCCGCCAGCUGUGGCUGGAGACCACGGGCAAGAGCCGCACGCUGCAGAGCGGCCUGGCGCUCCUCUACGGCCUCCUGCCCGACUUCGACUGGGCCAAGGUGACGGCGCGCCACCAGUGGAGCACGCUGUUCUGCGGCGCGGCGUGCGACUGCCCCGCCCGCAACCGCCACCUGGAGGAGGAGCAGCGGCGGCAGUACCGGCUCCGGGUGAGCGACGCGGAGCUGGAGAGGACGUACGGCGACAUGGCGCGCGCCCUGGGGCUGCUCGCCCGCCAGCUGCGGGCGGCCAACCCCGUGGACUCGCUGCUGUGCCACCUGUGCCACGGCCUGGCGUUCCCGUGCGCGCCCGCGGGCGCCGGCGGCGGGUGUCUGACCACGGCGCAGUUCGCCGUGAUCCGCCGGCAGCAGCUGGACGACGAGGCGGACCGCCGCCGGGCGGGGCUGUACCGCAAGUACGCCGUCCUCGCCAUGCACCCGUACCUCAACCGGACCGCCGCCAAGAUGGAGCGCGUGGCGAGGGCCAACGAGGCCGGCCGGCCGCGGCGCCGCGAGGACGAGGUCUUCGCGCUCUCCUCGGCGCACGACGUCACCGUGGCGCCGCUGCUCAGCGCCCUGGGGCUGGAGGGGGCGCGCUUCCCGCGCUUCGCGGCGAGGGUGGUGUUCGAACUGUGGAAGAGUCCCCCGCCGAAGCAGAAGAAGAAGAAGAAGAAGAAGAAGAGCGCCAAGGCGAGAGACGGCGAGCCGUUCAUCAGGCUGCUGUACGACGGCGAGGACGUGACGUUUCACACCGACUUCUGCCGCGCCCACGAGCGCCGCGCCGGCCGGCCGCUCUGCCCGCUGAGCAACUUCCUGUCCUUCGUCAGGAGGGACAUGUUCGCCGUCGUCAACGCCACGUCCUACCGGGACGCGUGCUCCCGGCGCCCCGGGUGAGCGGCGGGCUCCGAAAGGGGGCGGAGCCAAGGACAGAUUACAUUCCGCUUCUUCACGUUUUUUUUCCACUUUCAGAAGACGGUGCACUUUUGAAUGCCGCUC